AGGAUCCGGAUGGUGGGGAAUUCUUAAGCCAAAUUCAUCGAUUCUACUUUAUUCAACAAGCAGUAAGUCUUUUUGUAUGACAUUGUCAGUUCCCGGUGUACACCGGCUUCUCAUCUCGGUGGAUUUUUGAUAGCUGACAUUGCUUUUUGAGGAUAGUUUCAUGCUGUAGGAUCCGCAAAGUGGUCGUGAAAAGACAAGACUUCAAAUUUGGAAGGAAAGAAAUUGUAACUAAAAGAAUGCUGGCCACUUUUUUGGAUCUCAAAUGCUGCGUGUAAAUGCAACCGACGACAGUUUACACUAGAACUUUUUAAGAGGGACGACUAGCGUGAGGUUUAUCCUUAUGUGAAUCCUCUCAGAUCAUGUGACUAGGACAUGUGACUGCCCUGACAUCAUGCCUAGUGAGGAGAGAAAAGCACGACAGUCCGAACUCAACAAAGAAACCAAAGAAUUAAGUAGACUACUCGGGUUGCUAAAUACUCCUGCCAGUAAACAACAACUGCCGUCCUUAGACUAUGACCCGGCAAACAAUAACAACAACAAUAAUGCAGUGAAGUCAGCCAAUGGGGUGCAGAAGCCCACAAAGUCUGGCUCAUGCCAACACCAGAGCUCCGAAGCUGUUGCUCUCGAGAACUUCAGCACAAAGUACCAAAGUGAACGACGCUUCAGUACACACAAUCACCAUAACCAAUUUGACCAGAUCUUCAAGUCACUUGUGAAGAGCAGAUUAUGCCAAAUAGAAUGGGCGGAGAGGGCUCCACCAGAGAACAUCGUCAGGGUUCUUCUUUGCCUUCGACUGCUUCUCAGGGACCAAGUAUACCAGAAAAAGUUGUUCGAGCUGGAUGGAGUAAAAGUGCUCUCAGAGAAAUUGCAAGUUGUUACAGAGAGUUAUCUUCGCAAUGGACAGCAGCCAUUCUUGGCGGACAUUCUCAAAGAAAUGACAAAUAUUUUCCAGAAGUUAGCAAGUGAUGGUAAACAGCGGGAGUGGCUCAUUGCUUGUGGUGCACACAAGCCUUUGGUUUUGUUGCUCUCAGCCAGUGAUGUCAUGGUACUCCAUUGUUCCCUGUAUGCCCUCAUUAGUAUUGCACAGAGUCCCGAGCCGAUAGCUGUGAUUGGUGAAUUGGAUUGCAUCGAAACACUGCUGAGAAUUAUUCAAGAAUACGACAUUCUUUCAAGAAAGUUGGCAGCGGUCUUGCUGCGGUACCUCUGUGUUGAGAGUCAGGUGAAAGAGCAAGUGAAGAUAUGCGAUGGCAUCCCAAUCCUGCUUAGCGUCUUACAUUGUGAUAAUAUAAAGCUCCUACUGAAUGUGGUUUGGUGCGUUGUUCUCUUAUCUGGUGACCCGGACACCAGCAAUGACGUCAGAAUCAUGGGUGGAAUUCCUCUCUUGCUGUCAUUACUCCAGGGUAAGCACUUUACGACAGACCAGACCCCAACGAGCAGUUUACCAAGUGCCAGCUCAUCUGGAAGAAUGCUGUCAUUUCCUGAAGAAACUGAGGAAGUACAGUUAGCAGAUAUACUCGCCUUGCAAUCAGCCUGUUGUUCUGCUUUAACCGAACUUGUUCUGAAUGACACCAACGGCCAGCAGAUUGUACUGAACAAUGGAGUCUAUUGUCUUGGCAUGCUGAUCUUCCCACAAGAAACAAGCAAUACGAGAGAUGCAGAAGCAGUUAGCAACUUACAGAAAAAUGCCUUCCGAACCCUACGCUUCCUGUUCAGCAUGGAGAGAAACCGUCAGAUGUUCAAACGCCUCUUCCCUCCUGACCUCUUUGAAGAGUUUAUCGACGUGGGUCACUAUGUCAAGGAAAUCAAUGACUACAAGAAACUGGUUACAAGAGUCAAUAGUCUAUCAGAGGAGAAGAUCCAAGAGAUACAGUUGAAGUUCCAGGAGGCCAAUCAGAAUAAGGAGCCAUCCAAGUCCAUCUCAGGCUACCUUGUCUAUGAGCACCUUGGGACGGGCGCUUUUGGAAGUGUCUACAAGGUGAAGAAGAACACGGGGGAGAAUUUCCUGGCACUUAAAGAGAUCCGAUACAACAAUCCCGUCGUUGGCAAGACAGUCAAGGAGAAAGAUAAGAGCAUUGAUAGCAUCGUCAGCGAGCUCACCAUCAUUAAAGAGCAUCUCAGACAUUCAAAUGUUGUCAGAUACUAUCGGACAUUCAAAGAAAUGGACAACCUGUACAUCGUCAUGGAGCUGAUAGAGGGUGCUCCACUCUACGAACACUUCAACUCGCUGAAGGAGAAAGGGGAACGGUUCUCGGAGGAGCGCAUCUGGAACAUCUUCAUUCAGAUUGUCCUGGCCCUGCGCUACCUCCACAAAGAUAAGAAGAUCGUCCAUCGAGAUCUGACGCCCAAUAACAUCAUGCUGGGAGAGAAUGACAAAGUUACGAUAACUGAUUUUGGACUGGCUAGACAGAAGCAACCAGACUCAAGUAAGAUGACUUCGGUCGUUGGAACCAUUCUCUAUAACUGCCCUGAGAUCAUCCAGAGCCAGCCGUACGGAGAGAAAGCCGAUGUCUGGGCAGCGGGGUGCAUCCUCUACCAGAUGGCCAUGCUCAGGCCACCGUUCUACAGCUCCAACAUGCUGGCCCUCGCCAGUAAGAUUGUUGAGGCAGACUACGACCCGAUACCCAAGGAUGACUACUCAGAAUUGAUGAUCUCAACGGUCAGAAAAUGUUUGACGGCCCAGCAGGAUUUCCGACCUGAUAUUGUACAGGUUGGGGGUUUGAUUGCUGACAUCAUGAUGCAGAAUAUGGAUACACUGCGAACCAAUCAGAUCAGCCUAGAGAAGAAACUAGACAGAGAACGCAAACGCACCCAGAGACACCACAACGAAGCGACGAAGAACAUGCAGAAUUACCACCGUCUGUUCUUAGCGUCACAAGAGAGAUACGACAGAUUAGCCAACUUAGCUGGGAGCGGUGGAGCUUCAAGCAUUAAGAGUGACUCCGACUCAAAUGAUGUUUUUGAGUCAAGCGAUGAGCAGCCAAUGCCGAGUAGACCUCAACAUGGUGGGCGGUCACGUUACCUUCACGCUAGCACUGCAGAGAUGGACAAGAGCGUAGAGAGUGGCAUUGAAGAGGAUGAGUCAAGCUUGGGAUGUGACAGUCUAGACAGCAGUGGGAGCAGCUCAGUGCUCGGGUCCAGUCUCAACCUCAGUUCCAGUCAGGGGCGUGGCACCUUUGCCGUGCCACGCCCUCCCACUGUUGCCAAGAGCAACGGAGGAGGGAUGCGUUCUCUUACGCUUGAUGUGCAAGCUGUAAAUCGAGCUUUGGGACAAUCCGCUCUUCCGUCACUCAAUGAUGUGACGCAACCCGGUACUGAGAGAGGGCGCUUGCUGAGGUCACAGAGCGGGUCCUUCGUUGAGACCCUUAGGAGACAGUCAUCUAACAGCGGCAAACCAAGACCACCGUCAGCUGCAGCCACCCUGACCAUUUCGCCCCGCAAAGUCCGUCAGAUAAGCGACCCCGUCAUGAAGAUGCUCAACACCAUCAAGAAGAUCAUCUUCAUCUGUCAGCUUCCUCCGACGCUCUCCCCAAACCCUCGUCGUAAAGUUAUCGAGCGGUUCAAGAAGGCACUGUUUUCCCUUCAGAGUAGCUCGGUCAACCUCAAGAAUGAAAUCAAGAAGCUCAUCGUCGGGUCCAAAGAGUUGAUCGAUCUGAACCUAUGCUCCAAUGAAGCUUCCUACCUCUUGAAGCAAGCGAGCCAUGAAGAAUCUCACAUCCAAGUCUCCGGUGAGAAGCCCUCUAGUGGCAGCCUGGAUCCCAACGAUACGGAGAUCGGAAUCACCUACGAGCAGAUGCAGAUGUUUAUAGAAAGUGUACUAAGGGAGAGUGGGUACUACACAAUGACCCCAAACGCAAGGAAUCGGAGCUUGCCUCUUGGACCUAUCGUGACCAGCCCUCCAACUCUCAGACGGAGCAGUGCUUUUGAGGUAGGUUAGUCCUAAAGAUCACCGUCAAUAGUCUGCGGAUGACAAUACAAGCACAAGCAACGACGACGGCUCCAAGCCCAAUCUCUGAAACCAUGCUUAGCAGAUUAAAUAUCAACCAGGGGGUCAGCUUCAUAUAGCUGUUAAGCACAAACAGUUACUAGGUCAAAUUUUCUGCUGAACUCUUUCAUGAACUUGGACCCAGAGCUCAAACUCAGUGUGAGUGUAUUUCCUUUUUAUCGGUUUAUCUCAACGGACCAAAGGUUUAUUUACUAGAUUCAAACUAGCGAGAGAAUGUUUGUCUGUGAGAAGAGAGAGUGAUUGGUAGAGGCUUAGUUUGCAAGAGAAAAUAAUUGGUUAACGAGCGAUGACUUAAAUGAACUGGACACUAUUGGUAAUUACUUUUCUUUUUUUUUAAUUGUAGCGAGCAAU